CGCCGUGAGAAGGCGUCUAGUCGCUGCAUUCUUCCGGGAUUCAGCGGUGAGAUACUGAUACUGGAGACCACGAACUUGUGGUGGAGAGCGAAAGCAAGGGAAUCCCCUCGGCCUUGACCUUGCAGUUUCGGGGUUCCGGUUUCGCAGCGGCUGAGUGGACGGGUUUUCCCAGUACGUCUUACGGGGCCUUCGCCUUGCGCGUCUGCCAACGCUUCACAUGAGCUCGCGGUGACGAUAGUAAGGCAGAUGCUGUGAUAUAAAGCAUUUGCAUUGAGUUUCUCGCAUUAUAAUGCGCCUUGAAGCUCCAUUGAAAUAUUUGGUAGCUAUUGCAUUUGUGGGAUGGAAUACUUCACUAUGUUAUUUUUUGCCAAAUUCCACCUCUCUAGAGAGAUGGAAAAGGGAAUCUUGUGGUGAAAACAUGUUCAAAUGUAAAAGUGGAGAAUGUGUAUCUGCAGCUUUAGUUUGUAAUGGAGAAAGAAAUUGUGAAGAUCGGUCAGAUGAAACAUCUGAAACUUGUAUCAAUAAUGUAAUACCAAUUCUAGCUUCAUAUUUAAACCCUCCGCUUACAUCAUAUAUUGAUCAAUGUCCACCACAACUCUUCCGAUGUGAUAAUGGUAACUGCAUUCCUCACGAUAAGAAAUGCAACAGUUUCAGGGAUUGUAGUGAUGGUUCUGAUGAAAAAGAUUGUAAAAUUGAACUAUGUAGAUCUGAAGAAUUUAAAUGUAAAGAUGGGCUUUGCAUUUCAUCUAAAAAUGUGUGUAAUGGUAUUAAGGAGUGUACUGAUGGCUCUGAUGAAACUGUUGAACAAUGUCAGUCUCAAAGGUGUGAAUCUAAUCAUUUUAAAUGUGAAUAUGGAGCAUGCAUUCCAAAAGCUAGUGCAUGUGAUGGCACAGUGCAUUGUGUUGAUGGCUCUGAUGAAAAUCCUGCAAUGUGCCACAAACCUACAUCAUCACCAACUCCACCUCGUGUGACAACUGGUUGUGUACUUCCAUCUCAACCAGUGAAUGGAAUAUACCAUGUUGGGGGUUGUGAACCACAAUCAUGCAAUGUUUCUCCAGGAUCCACAAUUUCAAAUUUUGCUAUAUUAAAUUUUACUUGUAUCCCAGGCUUUCAUUUAUCAGGUCUUAAUAUAAUUUGGUGUAGUAAUGAAAUGUGGUCAUCACCCUUUCCAACUUGUAGUAGAGCUUUGUGUCCACCGUUAAAAAACCCAUCAAGGUACUUUGAAUGUACAGAAUCUGGCACCAUUGUCAAUUGCAGUGAACCAAUGGUUCCUGGAACCAAGGCAACAGUUCGUUGUGAAAACUUUCAUACUGCUGGUCCUGAACUGUCAAGUUAUGACAUCAUAUGUAAGGAGACUGGACAAUGGAGUAACGUUGUGUAUUCAUGCACUCCAGAAUGUGGUCUUCCAAAUCCAGGUGGCCUUCCAUUUAUUGCUAAUGGAAGAGUGGCAAAAUUGGCUGAGUUUCCUUGGCAUGUGGGAAUUUUUAAAAUGAUGGGUGACACUUUCAAACAGAUAUGUGGUGGUAAUCUGGUGACAGCCAAGAUGAUAAUUUCAGCUGCUCAUUGUUUUUGGCUGGAAAGUGAACGUAGAGUUGACAGUAUACAAAACUACAGAAUAGCAGCUGGAAAGUACUAUUUGCAAUGGGAUAAAAGAACCGACUAUUUUCAGGAGUCCAAAAUUGAAAAUAUUUAUGUGCAUAGGAGUUUUAGAGGAAGAGCAGGAUUAUAUGAUGCAGACAUAGCUGUUGUUGCCUUGACAAAUAAUUUUGUCAUAAAUGAAGCUGUUCGACCUAUUUGUCUGGACUUUGAUAGAAGAUAUUCUGAAGAUUUUAAGGCAGGAAAAGUUGGUGUGAUUGUCGGCUGGGGCUACACAGAAAAUCAAACACAGAGUGAAGAACUUCAUGCAAUCACCUUGCCUUAUGAAGACCGUAAUGUUUGUAUUGAGAGGACUAAAGAGAGUCUUAUACCUUAUUUAAUUGCCCAUGAUAAAUUUUGUGUGGGAACCAAUUCUGGUAAAAGCGUUUGUCCCGGCGACAGUGGUGGAGGCUUUGCUCUCAAAUUCGGAAACGGUAUACAGUACUAUUUAAUGGGUGUAGUAACAGACUGUUUGCCCCGGAACUCUUCCGUUGGUUACCCUAUAACG